AUGCAUAUCCCUGCUGUCCCUCCCACCACCUUCAGUGCUAGCGCUUUCGAAGCUGAGCAAGUCGACCAUCUUGUCUCCUUGAUCAAAGGAUGGGCGAUCUCAGACGCCAUGCGCCAGCAGCUCGUAUUCCAACUGGCCAGAGCUAAUUGGAGCGAAGUGGAGGUGAUGACGAUUCCGACGGAGAUUUCGGACACAGAGGACGGCUUUGACGAUGGCGAUGACGUCGUUGAGGCAGAUCCCUCUUCGAAGGACGUCCCGUCCAAUGCUGCGGGAAGUUCGCCCAGCUCUGCGGGGACGACUACAACCUCUGUCACUCGCCUCUCCGUUCCGCCCGCUGAAGCCCCCGAGGCGAUGGCGGCUGUUGCGACCACUCAAGCCUCUCCCUCCAGCACCAAUGUCUCCUCUGCUGGGCCUCCUCCUGUCUCGACGUCCACGGCGUCGGGCAGCGGUCAUCACCAGAUGACAUAUCUUGGUGUUUCGUUUUGGCUGCCCAAUGAAGGCGUUGAAGGCCCUUUCUACCUGGUCACUCGUGGAAAACACGUAGGCAUCUUUGCAUCUUGGUCGAAGACAUCUCCCUUUGUCACGGGCGUUUCAGGCGCUAUCUUCCAUCGGGUGAAGGAGUUGGAGGGAGGCAUGGCCCGGCUGUUUGACGCUGCUGAGGAUGGGCAGCUUGUAGUGAUAUUUAUAUCCUAUACACCCUUGACUAAUACCGUCACAAUGCCCGCUGGGCGGCCUCGUCAAUACACGACUGACGAAGAGCGUCAAGACGCCGCUCGCGCAUCUCGAGCCAGGUAUUAUCAAAAGAACAAGGCUGUAGAGUGCGAGAAGAGGCGCGCAAAGUAUCGAGACAAUACCGCUGCCUUAUCCGAAGACCUUACAAACCUCGAGGAAGAGAUGCUAUCAAUCUUAAAUGGAAACCCUUCCCUCUACAUGAAAGACAUUCGAUCCAAGCUCGCUGCCAGCAAGGACAAGCAGGAGGGUGACCGCGUAAUAUCUGAGCUCGACGAGACUCUGGAGUCGAUAUUCAGGGCGUGGACAUCCCCAGAACAAGACAUGCAUCUCAAAACAAAUUGGAUGAUCUGGGCAAUUUACGCCGAGUUUGACGACCGCGACGAGAUCCCUGAGGACUUUGCGAUGUCCGACGAGGUCAAGUACUGGGAACGAUUCUGUGUCGACUGGGUGGAGCGCUGGCCAAUCACGCCGGGUAGCCGUUUCUAUCUCAAACGCCCUCAGAACUCGAAGUUGACAACUCAGGAGCAUCAGGACCGCUGUAUGCAGUAUCUUGCUCGUGUCAUCGUGAUGGCAAAUUCAUCCAAAGGCUAUAGCGCCGCUAAGGCCGCCACGAGGAAGAAAGGCUCUGGGGGAAAACGUGGGGCUCCUGGCUGGCCUACCGACGAGCAGAAGGAUUGGCUCAAAGCACGCCUCCCGCAGUACACGGCCCUCAUCCCGAAGCGCAACUACGAGUCGUUCUGGGUGACUACGAACAGCGACUGGUUCCGCGAGUUUCCCGAGCAGGUCGGCGAGCCAGGCCGUCCUCUCUCUGCGGAAGAGAACUUGGAGCUGGGCGAUGCGAUCAAGAAACGUAAAGAUAUCCAACGUUGGUACAGGUGGCACGCGCGUGCGGCGACUGCAAAUGGGCGAUCGAUGGGCCAUAUCGCUUCGUCUAUCAUCAAUGGACUGCUCCAUCCGCGAACGCGCCUCAACAAGGACUGGGAGAUCUUCUCGAAGCUUUACUACGACAAGAAGAUCGCAUACGAUGUCGAUGCGGAGCUCGCCUCCUUGCCGCCAGACAAGACCGUUCGAAAGGUCGACAUUGUCGCGAAGCAUGCGAAGAGGCUCCUGGGGCUGGAGAAAGACCCAGCCGUCCACGCCGAGAUCGCGUCCUACAAGCAGGCUCAAGAAGCGGCAAUGGGAGCCCGUAAGAAGUGCAAGAAGGGCCUGUCGCUCACUGCAGAGGAGGUCUCAGCGUUUGAUCUUAUUGAUAGUGCGAUCAUGAAUAUAUCAACCGCCGUGCGGGAGAUUUUGACUUACUGCUCGGGUCAGACAAAUGGUGGCUUGUCUAAAGGAUGGGCUUUCUCUGCUAUCAUGGGUGGGCAGGACGCCCUCAAUGGUGUGCAUGUUGUCGGCUCUGUCCACGUGGGCUGGUCACCAGACGGCUGCGACUUCGGCAAAGUAUCGACCCUAUGGAGCGAGGUUCACAAGGAAUUUGUGGAGUUUACGAAGACCGCGCACGGGGCUGACAGAGACGACGCUGAUGCCGAGGGCGAAUUAGUCGAUGAACACGAUGAGCUUAUCGACCCGGAUCACCCGCCUGCCAAAGCUAUCCAGCUGGCGGACGUUCUUAGCGACAAAGCAUUGCAUACCCUGCCGGCUAUUCACAAGGCUGGCAGUGAGCCACCGACGAAUGUCUCAGACCCUCAAUCUACACCUCAGCCUCAGGCAGCUGAAGCGUUGUCACAGCAGUCUGCUCCGUCGGCGGAGACACAGACGGUACCCUUGACUCUGCCCACCCCUUCGACUUCGCCCGACACCACGGCUCUGCCCCAACCCUCGACCCUACCCACAACGUCAUCCACAGUCCAGCGCGCCCAUCUCUUGGAAUCUCCGGCAGCGAUUGGCGUGACCACGUCACUGGCAGUCUCGUCGCCCGCAGCCACAUCACCGGACCUUGACACCGUUGCAAAAGUACCGGUGAUUGCUUCCCCGGCCAUCUCCGCACCCCUUGUCCCUUCCCCUGUCGUCUCGGUGCCUGUCGUUGCCUCCCUCGACGUUCCAACGUCCACUGGCGGAAACUCAGCACCCGUUGUCCCCUCGCCUGAUGUCCCCAUGCCUACCGGUGCCUCAGCGCACGCCGUCCCCGUGCUGCCCGUCGUCGCCUCCCCCGGGCUCUCUACGCCCGCUGGCGAACGCUCGAUGCCUGCCGUCUCUGCACCUGCCAAUGUCUCCGCGGCUGCCGUCGCCUUUACGCCCGCCGUCGCCUCAGCGCUUGACGUCCCCACGCUGCCCGCCGUUCCGUUCCCUGAGCUCUCCACACCCACUGGAAAAGACUCCGCGCCCGCCGUCUCCGCGCCUGAUGUCUCCGUGACUGCCGUCCCCUUGACGCCUGCCAUCGCCUCAGUGCCCGACGUCCCCACGCUGCUCACCGUCGCCUCCUCCACUGGCAACCCCUCCGAUAAUGCGCUGCCUUCUGAGACUCCAAUCUGGCCACAGCUCGCCGAUGAGGACAUGCAAGCUGUCCUCUCUGCUCCCGAUCCGCCGACGGCCGCGAUUCCACAGACGGCGAUUCCACCCGCAAAGGCCCCGAAAGAGAAGCCGAAGCCGACGGCCCCAAAACGACCGCGUGACAAUUCCGCUGAUGCCGACACCGACACCAGCGCUUCUCCGGGCAAGAGAACGAGAAGUAGCACCGCCCGCGAUACCAAUCAGGCCGAGGUCCUCGGUCGAGGCCAACGCAAGCGCACCGAGGCCAAGUCUAAGGCACUGAGGAACGCCAUUGGAGCCUCGUCAAAGCCUCCAGCCACGUCUGACGAAACGGCUAUAUCUACAAAGAAGCGUCGCGCCCGUAAGGAAACCUAG